AUGGGAGAAAUAACCCGGUAUCGAAUCGUCGAAGAAAUGGAACGAGCUGAAGGCAGGCCACUCUUGAGGACAUCAUUCUGCAAUCCACGCCUAGAUGCCGAAGUAUCCAAGCACCGAAACCAUCUUCUCAAAGUACCAUUCUGUGUCUGCGUCCCCGUUGACCCGAACCGCGUGGAAAAUUUCGACCCCAAUGCAGUUCCCACAGUUAUGCAGCUCCUUCAAGAGCUUGACAAGGCAGGCGAGGGUGCAAACUGGGAGCAUACAAGUCUCAAGCCGUACGUCGACAUGCUAGACAGACACGUUAUGGGAAUUCUGGAUGAUGUCCGAAGGAGAGAACGGGCAAAAGCUGUGCUUCAACACACUUCUUCUGUUGUACUCGUACCUUCAUCAUCUAUGGCUGUGUCCAACAUCCCAUGCUUAGGUGUCGUCGUUGAAGGAAACCAUGACUGCGUCGUCAAUGAGCCAAUACUCCUCGUUACUUUCAUCGACGUUAUCAUACGCUCCCAGCUCGACGACAAGCAAAUGGACACUUGGAAGGCAGCCGGAACUCACGAUCACGUGAUCAUGUUCACUGAUGUCCAACCUUGGGACUCGACAUUGGCCGCCUAUCGCGACCAGGAAGCAUCCCCAACCACUAACGACACUCUUGAUUUUCAUCGCGAGAACCUUGGUUUUCCAUGGGCUGGCCAAUUUCCCCCCAACCUCCCUGAUCAGCACUAUCAGGCCUCAGGUCAGGGCAUACUAUACUCUCCCAUCCCAUAUCCCCCUCCUUACCUUCACGUUCAUGAAUCCAAGAUCCCGCCUGCAUUCGCUGAGGCAUGGGAGUCUCAUGAAGACGAUCUUACUCCAGGAGCUUUCCUUGAGGCAUGGCACCCCACAUUCUCUGAUCACCAUGAUCCCGUUGAUUCCAGUCACGGAUCGCCGAACUUGUCUCAACUUCCCGUGCCAUCGUCCAGCGCCACCUUACUCAACCAUCACUUACCCGCUAGAACUCCUGAGACAGCCAACGCGGACUCGGCCCAACCCCACGCACCGCUCGGUACCAUCUACUUACCACCUCCAUCGGAUAUCGUCGAUGACGAAAUACGUCAAUCUCACGCUCCCCUCAUGUCUGUUCGCCUCCGCAGGGCACGAUCCAGCGGGACAACUCGCUCAAGGACCUCGCGUAUGUCCAGACGGACAGGAAUAGAAAGGGGAGAAGCCGCAAGGCAACUCAACACUCAGCUUCUCACAACGACGCCCGUGCAACCGACUCUUAGUGUAGUACCGUUCAACACCACGUCAGUCGCGUCGCAGGCGAAAGACACGAUGAAAUCACUACUCUUACGGUCGUCCUUGUUUCCCGCAAAAGAUGACAUCGCCGCCAAGGCGACGACUGCAUGGACCACUACCGUCGAGAGCCAACCAGUUGAAUUCCGGGAUCUCGCAAGAAACGCUGCUGCUGCCGGAGAAAAGAAGCUCGUCAAUUUAGUUGAAAGUAUGCGUAACGAUUUGAAAGAAGUAGGACGACAUUUCGUAUAUUUCAAGUACGAUUUGGGCGGCGCCGUUUUGGCGACGGAGAUCCUCACGGCCGUUGAAGUCCGUGCGCAUCAAACCAUUGACCUCAUCACCGAUGAGAAGUUCCUCGACGUUACCGUUAACAUUAAUGGGGACUUCGUCACCGUCCCAUUCGGCAGCACCCCCGUUUUGCAGUUUAUCAUGUACAUCACCUACGACAGCAAAUUCGGGUACGAUCGAUACCUCGGGAAAGGCGUCCCCAUGACCCGCGACAAGUUGCGACCGCUGUUCUUGAUGACAGGCACUAUAUUCCGGUGGGCGCUGGGGGAGCGCUCCAGUGGCAUCUUUACUGCCAGCGAUUUUGUUGUGGAUGACUGGCAGGCAUAUCACACAGGUUUGGAGAAGCGCUUCGACAAUAUGAGCCUGGCGCAGCAGGGAGCGCUUGACAUAUUAAUUGCAAAGCACGUCGUCUGCCCGUACUAA